AUGGCAGCAACAACUUCUCAACAUCCUGGUUCUGACAAUGUUGUUUCACAUGUUCCAGAAGAUGCUGAUGCACCCACUGUCUCAGUCAAUGCCCCUCAAAGUGCUGCUGAGGAUGCUGCUCCCUACCAAGAUGAGGAAAUGCCUGAUUAUUCUGGGAUGUCUUCUGCUGAGCAUGUAGACAUUCCCACUGUUGAUGUCCAGGAUUUCACUACCACUGAAGAAACACCUUCAGCUCCACAUGCAGACCCUCUAGAAACUGUGGCAGAGGCAGCUGUUCAAGUGGAUGCAUCAACUCCCCAGGUUGAAGAAACAGAGAAAAGUGAUGACAGCUGGGAAGUUCCCCUUGUCUCCUUUCGCAAAAAAUUGCCAUCCUCAGAGUUAGACAAUGACUCUUCUGAAGAAUCCUCUCAAAUGCAAGAAGAUGCUGCCCCACCUGUUGCAUCACCUGAACCAGCAUACAUUCCAGAUGAACUUGAAGACUCCGAAGAUGAGGAAUCCUCUGAGGAAGAAGAGCCAGACUUGGAUGGGAAGAAUCUGUCAACCCCUUUUGAGGUAAACAAUGCCUUCAGUGUUGCUCCUCAUGUUGACAACAUCCCUGACAUUCUUGUUUCUGUUCCUAGAGAUCUUUUGUUACAACAGCUUACUCACUCUCUAGCUCAGAUCACUUAUCACCAGUCCAUGGUGGAAAUGCUUCGAAAAGCUCUUUCUGAUCAAAAAUGGGGAGAAAAAGCUAGUCAUGAAGAUGAAGCAGGGACUUCUCAUCCUUUGGAUGCCAGAGGUAGAGAGCAAGGUGUUAAUGAAGAAGGAGCAAAGAAUGAGGGUGAAGCUCAAGGAGCAGAGGAAAGCAGUGGAUCCAGUGCUAGCGAUGGAGGAGCAGCAGCUGAUACUGAGGAGACUUUGGAUAUUCUACUCUAA